CGGGAAGAACAUUCAAGAUUGCAAUCCAGUAAUUAGCUAAAAGGAUUUAAAAAAAAUUGAGUGAAAUUAGUUUUAACAUGUUGUCUGCAUGUAGUCAAGACUCGAGGAAUGCCAGCUGGCUGAGUUACCAAAGCCUGUGACAUCCCAGGCAUUCCCCCUUCUCAACAAUCCAGCUGCAAUGAAGUGCUUUGCAUUUUCUCUCCUGACCGCAGGAGAGUGACAACUGGAAUACACAGCACUGUACGUCACUGCCUGACUUUUACAGGGGAAAGAUGCAGCGAAGGGGUUAGGAAUUCUGAUACAGACCGGUCUGUACCCCCCCUCCUCUACUCCACACUCUGCAGAAGUAACGCAGAUCUCAGCUGGCUCUGAAAAGUUGCUUGGAUACAGCUUCCCCCUUGGGUAAAAUGGACAGCACCUUCUGGACCUUAGGAGUGUUGCUAAUAUUUUUGGUACCUUCAGUGCACUGCACGAAAAGCGAACCAGAGAGACAGAAAGGAACUUCAAAAAGACUUGCCCGUUCUACUCAAUAUAUGGAUGUGAAUGAUGGAAAAAGGUGUGGCUAUACGUUCAUGGUGCCCCAGCAGAAGAUCACUGGGCCAAUAUGUGUCAACACCAAAGGACCUGGGCCAAGUAAAGACCAGGUGACCAGGAUGGACUUAGAAAACCUUAAAGACGCUUUAGUUAAGCAAAGGCGAGAGAUGGAGAUGUUACAAGUGGUGGUAGACGUUGAUGGGAAUAUUGUUAGCGAGGUAAAAUUACUGAGGAAGGAGAGCCGCAAUAUGAACUCCCGUGUGACACAGCUUUACAUGCAGCUACUACAUGAGAUAAUCCGCAAGAGAGAUAAUUCCCUUGAAGUCUCUCAGCUGGAAAACAAGAUACUCAAUGUAACUGCUGAGAUGCUCAAAGCAGCCACGCGCUACAAGGAUCUAGAAGCAAAAUACUCCACGCUCAUAGAUUUGGUCAAUAACCAGUCAGCCAUUAUCUCAUUGCUAGAAGAACAGUGCAUGCGUGUUUUCUCCAGGAGGACCAGCCAUGGCUCACCGCCUUUAGUGCAGGUGGUGCCUCAGCAUGACCCAAACAGUCAGCAGUACACACCUGGCUUAGUGGGCGGUAAUGAGAUCCAGAGGGAUACAGGUUACCCAAGGGCCAGGGAUAGUCGGCAGCCACCACAAUCUCCAGCACCAACAAUCAGUCCGUUUCGCGUCCCUCCCGUGACAGUUAUCAAUGAAGGACCUUUCAGAGACUGCAAGCAUGCCAAAGAAUCCGGAUUCUCUAGUAGUGGCAUUUACCUGAUAAAACCAACUAACGCUAACAGCCACAUGCAACUAUGGUGCGAGAAUAGUUUGGACCCCGGUGGCUGGGCUGUCAUACAGCGGAGGAUAGAUGGCUCAGCCAACUUCUUCAGGAACUGGGAAACCUACAAGAAAGGCUUUGGGAACAUCGACUCUGAAUACUGGCUGGGUCUGGAGAACAUUUAUAAGCUAACAAACCAAGAUAACUAUAAGCUGUUGAUUGAACUGGAAGACUGGAAUAAUAAAAAGGUCUAUGCAGAAUACAGCAGCUUCCGACUGGAGCCAGACACCGAUCACUACAGGCUGCGAUUGGGGACGUACCAAGGGAAUGCUGGAGACUCUAUGGUCUGGCACAACGGAAAACAGUUCACCACAUUGGACAAAGACCGAGAUAUGUAUUCAGGUAACUGCGCUCAUUUCCAUAAAGGAGGAUGGUGGUAUAAUGCCUGUGCGCACGCCAACCUUAAUGGUGUGUGGUACAGAGGAGGAAUGUACCGCAGCAAGCACCAAGAUGGCAUCUACUGGGCAGAAUACAGAGGAGGCUCCUAUUCCCUCAAAAAAGUCCAGAUGUUGAUCAGACCGAUAGACUGAAGCAAACAGACAAUGAAGCAAGACAAACAGAUUAUUAUUUUAAUGUUGUGGAUUAUGAAGACUCACAUUACAUGGUAUUAUUUUAUGGAGUCGUGUUUGGCUUCAUCGGAGAUACUGUUAUUAACAAGAGUGUUAACAAGAGGACGCUGGACUUCCCUCUACUUAAAGGUUACUAUGAGAUAAGGAAAUAUAUGUAUUUGUGCUAUAUAUUUUAUGGGAUUUAUGUAAGAAAAAACCGAUAAAACAUGGUUUCUAAAAUGCCAACAGACAGCAAUUUUGAAUGAUUAAUGGAUGCAAUAAGGGAGGGUAGGUGUAUAACCAUAGUUAGUGUAAGGGCCACAAUACAGGAAAGCUGGACAGCAGUAGAUUAGAAAUUCAAAACAUAGAUGUGCAUAAGUGACAAUGUCUGUAAUAUAUAAUUUAUCUUGCUUGCUUACAUUUAUGCAUUGUGGUUUCAUUUUUAGCAUUAUUUAAAUAGGGUUGUUCUAUAACCCCGUUACGCAAACAUGCCCUCACAUGCAGCAAAUCGGAGGUUCGUAGGCCAUUUAAGCCUAUUUAUAUUGUUCUGUAAUAUGUAAAAUGGUACUAAGCCAGUUGUGAACUAUAUGCGUGUUUUGUUUUUAUGUUUAAUAUAUCUGGGAUCU